CGCAGUGAAAAAAUAUUGGGGUUUCUGGACUAUCUGCAGGCGACGCAGCGCCUUAAAUUUUGGAAACCGCAUCCCAACCGAUCGAAGGUUGUCAAGUACAUUUGCCUCUCGGCCGUGAGCUGCGACAUGGACUCGGUGAUCAGCACUUUGGCGGUGGCCUACUACCGCUACCGCACCAAGCAAUCGACAUUCGACCAUUACGUGCCGAUGCUCAACAUGCGUCGUCGCGACUUUGCCGCCAAUAAGGAGGUCGACCAGCUGCUGAGAAAAUGGAAUAUCGAUGAGGCACGUCACUUGCUUUUUCGCGAUGAUUUCAAGAUAGAAAUACUGAUGCAGUGCCGCUUCAUCCUGGUGAACCACCACGACAGCUGCUUCAACAAUCUUGUGGUGGAGUUUUACGACCAUCGUCCGUUCCGGUUCAGCGAAGCACCCCUGCCCAGGGACUGCCAGUGCGACUUGAGCAUCCUGCCGAUGCACUCCUGCGCAGGCAUGAUCACUGCCUUGUACAAGAAAGCCUCGAUGGAGAGCAACAUUGUCUUCGAGCUGCUGCACACCGCGCUGCUCAUGGCGAACAGCAACUUCGUAAUGGUGCCACCAAACACGCUCGGCGACGUGCCAGACUUCCGAAUGCUCAAGCAUUUGGAGACACUCAUUCGGGACAAGGCCAUGGAGCCCGAAGAGCGCGCCAACGCCUACCAGAAGACGACCGACUCUGUUUCUAAAUCCGGUGUGCUCAGCCUGCCGGAGAUCAUCCGACGCAAAUUCAAGCUGCUGCAGACCAGCAAUGGCAAGGUCAUGCGUGACGUUCUCUUCACCAGCUUCCCGAUGGCCCUCAGCACGCUCGUCACUUUUAGCCAAGCCCCCCAGGUCAUCGAUACGUUCGGCAAAGAGCAGGCCGCCGACUUCAUUCUGAUGCUGAGCACAACCCCUGGCACGGAGGUGUACGGCCCCAGGCCCGUCUAUCAGCUGGGUCUCCUCCCUAUGGACGGACUGCAGGAUCGGAAUAGUCGUCGUCUAUUCGAACACAUAGUCGUCAAUCUGAAUCUGUCCGUUGAUCCGAUGCUCAAACUGAAACCGUUUUCCAAGUGCGACUUCAUGCAUGGCGCCUUCUACAACCUGGGCAAAUUGGAUAACACCGUUCCGGACGUGCUGCACCUGGUGGAGCGCAUCUUGUACCACUGGGCAGAGAAAUGCCGUUGUGUCACCGUCGCCGACAAAAAAAAGCCAUGUUUUUAA